AUGAUGCCGAAUCUUUCAGGUCUAAAGGAUAUCAUGGACAAUCCUGAAGGUCUGCAGCGCCUCCUCGACAUGGUGCAGCAUGACGCGAUGGAUGCUGAAGCUCGCGGAGAGACGUUCCAAGAGCGAAUGAUGCGUGAACGGGCUGAAUGGACGGAGACCGACGACAGGGUCAAAGAACAGGGAAACCAAGCAUUCCGUGCAGGGGACUUCCGGCGGGCAUACCUGUGCUACACGGGGGUGAUCGACGUAAGCUGCCACUGGCACGACGCCGCGUACUGGCUCAACCGCGCGGCCGUCUGUUUGAAGCUGAACGCGUAUGCCUGCGCUGAGGACGAUGCUAACAUGGCAUGGCAGCGGAAACCGUCGGCCAAAGCUUUGUAUCGUCGCGGGCAGGCCCGCCGUUUCCUUGGCCGCCUGGCUGAAGCUGAACGUGAUCUCAGCGACGCUCUACGUAUGGAGUCUAGCAACAAGGCCCUUGCGGAUGAGCUCGCCCUUAUUCAAUUCCUACGCACGAAGUCAGAUGAGGAGCUUCAAGAGUGGCUUGCCGAGAACAAGGGCGUCGACAGACCUCUUUCCGGUGUUUCAGACGAGGACCUUCGAGAGCUGGCUGCAAAGAUGUAUAAGGAGUGCCAACCGCCUGGUUGGCAAAUGCGUAUAUAG